CGGAAGUACGUCACAGGUUUUCUAGGCGAAUGAGCCAAACGCGGCGGUGAUGAGAAAUUUGAAAUUGGCGAGCUAGCGAGCUGCUAGCUGCUAGCUGCUAGCAUCCACCUCGGACCUUUUCCAUACAAACAUGGCGUACUAUCAUCACUUAUUACAAGACACAAAACCUCCUUUUGAAUCUCCCGCCAAGGUGUUCGCUCUGCUGAAGUCGAAAGUGAAGAAAGAAGGGACUUUUACAGCCAACGACUCUCCGCGUGACGUCACAGACAACCAUGGAGCCGUUGUUGUGUCGCCCAGGAAGAAGACAGCUCAGAGCACCUGGAGGACCGACAAGGAGAAUCACAGGUCUGCUUCUCAUCAGGCCUCCAAUCUCUCGCCUCAGAAAGCCUUCAGGUAUCCAGACAUCAGCAGCAAACAUGUGGAGGAAAUGCCUCCUCCUCCUGUGCCAGGACAUGGGUACUACACACCCAGAAAGAGAGCUUUCCUGGAGUCAACAGCUCUGUCUCACCUCUCCUCUCCCAUCAACACACCUCACAUCCACACACCUCAAAUCAGAGACUCAUGUGGUCGGUUCAAGGCGAUCAGCAGGACUCCAGUGAAGACACAGCCAGUAGAAAAUGACUUUGUAAGUGGUGUGUUUGAGGAGGGUUGUGCUCCUCAAGACAAACAGGUGUCUCACGCCUAUGUGUUGUCUCCAAUGAGGAAGAGGUUGAAGAAGAGUACAUGGGAGAUGCAGGAGUUUGACACAGUCAGCAGCAGCACAAAUGAGGUCAACCAUGAAUCCAAAGGUCAGCCACAGGAAAAGAAAACCUCCAGUGCUUUCACUGAGGAUAACAUCACCUGCAUGGAUUCGCAUUUGGGUAAUGUCAGAGGAUUCCCAGGUUACCUAUCAGGGAUGACCUUCACUCAUGAACCUGUGUUUCCAUCACCAAGACCCAACGCAAUGAAACGUUGCCAUGUUGCUCUGGACAGGCUUCCUCAGAGCUCUCCAGCCAAGAUCUUCGCUUACAUGAAGGAGAGGGAAAGUAAAACGAAGCAGCAGGAAGUUCAUAAAGUCAGCCGCAGCACAAAGGAUCUCUUUGAUGAAGGUAAUUUCCAUCAGUCCAGAGACACGCCGCCUUCCUCCACAGCUCACAACAUGGGUGAGAUGGAGGACAUUGCUUGUAGAAGUGUGGUUCCUGUCAACCGGUCCAGAGUAGAGUCAGCUGAAUCCAGCCAAUCAGACACAUAUCCCUCUGAGGAUGUCCCGAGCCCUGCUCUGUCACCACAACCUGUGUUGCUCGAAGACUCGCUCAUACUCAAAACACCACGGAUCUCCAUACCGAAAAAACAAGAGGCUGUGUUCAAGCGAAAUAAAUUGCCCACGAGCACAAAAUUCCCAUAUGAGAGUACGAUUUAUCUCAAAAAGUGGUUCCUGAGGAAGAAUAACAGGGGCCUGUUUGUUGAUGGAAUCCACAGGGACGACAACAUACCGUGGAACAGUAACAUCAUUGUGGAGAGGGUUUCUAAUUCUGUGGUGAAGACCGUCUCCGGCAGCAUUUACAUCUUGAUUGGCAAGAUGAACAUGACUGAAUCUGAAUUACCCAAAUGGCUUUUGAAGAUGUUUGCUCAUGGUUUUCCUCGAGACUGGAAGGCACUUUAUGAGAGGCUCCUGUCAAGACAAGAAACAGAGAGAAACAACAAGGGGAGAAGUUUGGAGGCAUCCUCCAUGAUUCGUUCUGUGAAGCCACGUAAGAAGACACCUGCUUCCUGUCCUCCUGCCUCCUUGUCUCGUUUAAACGUGUCCCGAAGUGGUCGCGUGAUCAAGCCACCUCUGGAGUACUGGAGAGGAGGGAGAGUCAUUCUGGAUGCACAAAUGAAUGUUACAAUCCAUGAAUGUUACGAUACCUCCAUCUACACCCCCGUCACUAAGAAGGCGUCACAGAAACCUGCCCGUGUGUUCCUGCCCUGCAGUGAAGGCCGUAAGCAAAGUGAAUCAGCCAGCAACGAAGAGGCAUCAGUACCACUGAGGAGGGUUAAGGCUCCACUUCGCAAACGGAACAGUGCUGAGCCAGAAGAGAAGCCCCAUUAUUCACCUGAACCUUCUGUGGAGACACUUGGCAGCCCUGAAGAGUGGUCUGACAGACCAACAAGGUCCAGCCGAAGGCGUCCAGCUACAGAGAGAGCAUUGUAUGUGGACACUGUCCCUCAAAUGCAAAGUGAACCUGAAAAAUCUUCAACACGGAGGUCCAAAAGACAGACACAUACAAACACAAGGCCUUCAGUGAGAGUCUUGGGUAGCAAACGGGCUGUCCGAGCAUCAACAUCAUCAGAUGAUGGGGUCAUUGGGAGAAAGAAGCCGGGGAAAGAAGUGCACAGGAAGAAAAGCGGGAGAGUUCUUGACGAGUCACAGCCCAGCUACGUGUUUCCAUCAAGCAGUGAGCAAAGUGAAUCAGACAGCGACGAAGAGGAAUCAAGACCACUGAGGAGGGUUAAGGCUCCACUCCGCAAACUCAACAAUGCCAUGGUUAAGCCAGAAGAGAAGCCCUCUUAUUCAUCUGAACCUCCUGUGGAGAGACUUAGCAGCCCUGAAGAGUGGUCUGACAGACCAACAAGGUCCAACCGAAGGCGUCCAGCUGCAGAGAGAGCAUUGUAUGUGGACACUGUCCCUCAAAAGCAAAGUGAACCUGAAAAAUCUUCAACACGGAGGUCUAAAAGACAGACACAUACAAACACAAGGCCUUCAGUGAGAGUCUUGGGUAGCAAACGGGCUGUCCGAGCAUCAGCAUCAUCAGAUGAUGGGGUCAUUGGGAGAAAGAAGCCGGGGAAAGAAGUGCACAGGAAGAAAAGCGGGAGAGUUCUUAACGAGUCCCGGCCCUGCUACGUGUUUCCAUCAAGUGAGUCAUCACAGUCUUCUGACGAGUUUGAGAAGGAACUGGGGAAGAAAACCAGAAUAACAAGACAGAACAAAUGCAUCAAGUCAUCAUCAUCAUCAUCAUCAUCAUCAUCCACAAAGCCUUUGCCUAAGUUCACACAAUCCAGCAAGAAAAAAAACAACGCACACGAAGGCAACGCACCGAUUCCACAAGAGCAAGAUGCAGACGAGUGGACCGAGGCAGAGCUUAUGAAGCUGCAAGAGGCUGUGUCCUACUAUCCUAAUCACAUGGCAGGUUACUGGGCAAAGGUGGCGGAGAUGGUUGGAAGACGUUCUGCAGAAGAGUGCCACUACCAGCACACAUCCAAGGUAGCCUUCAACACGCCCGCCAAGAGAGCCAAGAGAGCCAAGAAACCCCAAAAGGAGAAGGUGGAAGCGCCAAAAGUUCAAGAUCUUCCGGUGAUAUCUAGCGGAGUGGGAACCUAUAAGAGAAAGCAGCAGGUGCGUCAGUUCCUGGAGGCCAUGCCCAGAGAAGAUGUUGAGGAUGUUUUCAGCUCUGCGUACAUGCAGAAUAAACGCUUUGAGAUGCCCUCCAUGUGUCCGAGUGACCACGACUUCACAACUUCAGAAAUGGAGCACCUGAGCCCCAUGUCGACGGGCUGCGCCGGAGCGAAGACUCCUCAGUGUCUGCAUCUCACACCUGGCAUGAUGGGUUCUCCAAACAGGAACAAUGGUGACAAGUACGUCUAUCAACUCCAGAAGAGGAUGAAAAAAAAUCAGUUUAACGUCUGCAAACAGGCUCCUCCUUCAAAGAGCUUCACACCCACGCCAUCAGUUAAACGAACAAUGAGAAGAUGUGGUAACACAGAAAAUGACACCUUUUUCGUUUGGGAGAUGUUCCCAGGAAAGGAUGGCGCGUUGUCUGAAAGCGGAGAGGAAGAAGACUUUUACUUCUCAGACAACGACUGAUUGGAGCUAAAUUAAACGUCAUAUCAUUUAAGGAAAAAAUCAAAAAAAUUUGAUUGAAUGAAUUAAAAUCAAUACAGUACAGUAUGUACCUGUAAAUAUAGUUUUUGUUUUAAGACAAGACUCAAUUGUUACUAUUCUUUAAAUAAACAUUCUUAAAUUCGU